AUGAGUUGCUAUUGCUCUAUAAGUUGUUAUAAGGCUGCCUGGGACAAGCACAAGGUGCACCAUCAUUUUGCAGCUCCCAAUCCUGAUCCACAAGCAGUGAAAAUUAUCAAGAGUUUUGGGCCUUAUGGCUCUUAUCCUGAUUUACCUGACUAUCAGGAUGAUGGUUCGCAGCCUGAUGAGAUGGUGGAACAAGAUGGGAAAACAUGGAUUGAGGUGGGUUCUUCCGAAUAUUAUGUACCCACAGAGAAUGAUAUUGGAUUUUGUCUGAGGCUAAAAUUGGAAGUUGUUGAUUCUUCAACGCAUACACAAUUGUUCCCAGCAAGAAUCAAAGUGACGGAUCCUGUGAUUUAUCCUCCUCCUCAUCCACCGCGUUGUACAAUGUGGAACUCUUGCAACGCUGACCUCAAAGAACACUCUUCUAAUGAUGUAACCUUUAGGGUACUGUCCUAUAAUAUCCUUGCUAAUUAUCUUGCUACUAGUGGUAGUAACUGGCACUUUUACUGCCCAGAUUGGGCUCUUUCAUGGGAAUAUCGUCAGCAAAAUUUACUUUAUGAGAUCAUUGAAUAUGACGCAGAUAUCCUAUGUCUUCAAGAGGUACAGAAAGAUCAUUUUGAGAAUUUCCUCAAACCUGAGUUGGCAAAAUAUGGAUACUCGGUUAUAUACAAGAAGAAAAAGUUCGAGAUAAAUAUUGGUUUGCUUGCUUUGCACUGUGAUUGUAUUCAUCAGCAUUUGACAUAUUCUUUUAAAUCCCAUCAUACAACUGAUGGAUGUGCUACAUUUUACCGCAGUCAACGAUUCAAAGAGAUUGCAACAUAUGAGCUUGAGUUUAAUAAUUCAGCAAAGCCCCUUGUAGAUUCAUUGGCUGAUAAACAGAAAAGUGAAGCUCGCCGUCUGCUGAAGGACAACGUUGCACUUGUUGUUAUAUUAGAAAUGGUGGAAAAUGAGGGCUCCUUGGAUGGCAAUCGACCUAGAAUUUGUGUGGUACUAUGUCUAUUUCAAAUUCUACAGCCUUAUAUCAUAAAUUCUCAAGUGCUGACUGCUGACACAAUUGUCCCUUUCAGCCACAGUCAAAUACCCAUUUACAUGCAAAUGUAA